AUGUCUUCUACUCACCCCAUCACACAUCACACCAGCCACACCAUGGAUAACGGUGCCAGCAGCUCCUCCAGCGGUAGUAAUCAGAAUGGCGCAGAGUGUGUCCUCCACCAUACCAGCCACACCAUGGCCAAUGGCGCCGCCAGCGGUGCCAGCAACGGAAGCGAUCAAGGAGGUGUCCUGGAUACCUCCCUAGCCAAUCUCGCUACUGACAACAUGAACUUGACCAACAACACUACUACCGACAUCGCCAACGACGCCUCUGCCCCAGCCUCUUCCGCUGCCAGCACUGUGUCCGAUGACGACUUCGACUCCGACCUGACCACCGGAGCCCUCUCUUCUGCUGCCUCUUCCACCUACGCCAACUUCGGAAAUACCUCCAACUUCAGCAUCAUCGACAGCACCCUCCGUGAGGGCGAACAGUUUGCCAACGCCUACUUCAACACGGAGCAGAAGCUCAAGAUUGCUCAAGCUUUGGAUGAUUUUGGCGCCGAAUACAUUGAGGUUACCUCGCCUGCCGCUUCCCCCCAGUCCCGCGAUGAUUGCGCAGCCAUCUGCAAGCUGGGCUUGAAGGCCAAGGUCCUCUGCCACAUCCGAUGCAACAUGGACGAUGCCCGAAUUGCCAUUGACACUGGUGUCGAUGGAAUUAACAUGUGCAUCGGCACUUCCAAGCAACUCAUGGAGAACUCCCACGGAAAGGAUCUCGACUUCAUUGCCAAGAAGGCUGCCGAGGUCAUCGCCUUCGUCAAGGCACACAACGUCGAGAUCCGCUUCUCUGGCGAAGACUCCUUCCGCUCCGAUUUCAAUGAAAUUAUCAAGCUGUACUCCCUCUGCGACCGCCUCGGUGCCGGCCGUGUGGGAAUCGCCGACACUGUCGGCGGUGCCACCCCCAUGGAGGUGUACAACAAAAUCAGCACUCUCCGCCAGUUCGUGAGCUGCGACAUCGAGACGCACUUCCACAACGACACUGGCUGUGCCAACGCCAACGCCUUUACCGCCCUCGAGGCUGGUGCCACCCACAUUGACACCACCGUCCUCGGCAUCGGUGAGAGAAACGGCAUCACUUCUAUUGGAGGCCUCAUGAAAGUCCUCAUGCCCCAUUCCUCCGAGUACCUGCAACGCAAGUACAACUUCGAGAAGCUCCCAGCUCUCGAGGCGCUCGUUGCUGAGACUGUCGGGGUGGAAAUCCCCUACAACAACCCCACGUUUAACCUCUAA